GGAUACACGGACAAUCCCCCCCUUCUGGUAGCGGCAAUAUACACGGCGUUCACCCGCCAGUGGAGCUCCAUCUAACGGACGAGCACAUUCCUGGUCAGCCUCCACACACCGACAAGCACACAAUCCAUCCGACAUGGCUGACCAACUAACAGAGGAGCAGAUUGCAGAGUUCAAGGAGGCCUUCUCCUUAUUUGACAAGGAUGGUGAUGGCACCAUCACCACCAAAGAACUUGGCACCGUCAUGAGGUCGCUGGGACAGAACCCCACAGAGGCUGAGCUGCAGGACAUGAUCAAUGAGGUGGACGCUGACGGUAAUGGAACCAUUGACUUCCCAGAGUUUUUGACCAUGAUGGCCAGGAAAAUGAAGGACACAGACAGCGAGGAGGAGAUCCGUGAGGCUUUCCGGGUAUUUGACAAGGAUGGAAACGGCUACAUCAGCGCCGCAGAACUCCGUCAUGUCAUGACGAACUUGGGAGAGAAGCUAACGGAUGAGGAGGUGGACGAGAUGAUCAGAGAAGCAGACAUCGACGGAGACGGACAGGUCAACUAUGAAGAGUUUGUACAGAUGAUGACUGCAAAGUGAAGCUUGCCUGUCCCAUUCUGUCCCCUCUUAGAAGAAAAAAAGGAAAAAAAAAUAUGAAAAAAAAAUCCCAAAUGUUUUACUUACCUCUUCAAGAAGAAAAAAAAAAGUUCAUUUAUUCAUACUGUUUCUGUAUAGAAAAUAAUUGAAUGUUGAAAUAAAAAUAUCCUUCUGUCCACACAGGGAAAUAUUUAAAAAAAUAUAUACAAAAAUAUCUGCAUGAAAAAGAUGGUUAGUGAUCCUUCCCCUCCUUUUCCCUCCCCCUCCUCCUCUCCCCUGGAGAUCAGUUUAGCAUCAGUACUGAACAAAUAACAUCCACCCUGUAACGACUACUUUCAGACUACAGCAAAACUAUUUGGUGUCCAGUUCCAUUUGCUUGUGCUAAAUGUCCGGGCUGGUCAUCUUCUCUAUAUCUUUUUCUGUUCUUUGUGCAUGCAGCUUGAGACCGGAGCACAUACACACACAUACCCACCCUUUCCCUGCCCCCCAUCCCUCCUCCGGCCUAUCAGAGCGUGCUAAUUCCACUAUACGCUGUCCUCUUGAUGGUUUGGUACAGUUUUUUUGUAUUUGCAGAAGAACCCUGUAAUGUUAAGAUGAGAGAAUAUUCCAGGUUCUAACUCAUAAAGUGGAAUGGGGCUUAAUUGUAUGCUAGUUAAAACGGGGGAAAAAAUGAUGUAAAAAAAAAAAAAAAACAUUUUGGCAUGUUCUUUUGUUUUUUAUGUUAUAUGGACGACCAUCUUAGUAGUGUGUCCUGCCCUUUAAAAAGGAGGAGGGGGGGGACUUGAAGAGUCUUACAGUGAGCUUUCUUUUCUUUUUCUUUGCUGAGAUGGCAUGUCUGUCCUGUUUUCUUGCAAGAGAGAAUCACUGGCCUUCACUUUUCUUUUUCUUCUGUUUUUCUCGACUCGGACGAGACGGGAGCGAACGGCGUGCUGCGUUCACGGCACGUGCUGUUGCGGAGCGCGCCGACGCUCUUCGUCUCUUGAGUUCAGUUUACAUUCAUUCCAAGUUGUACAUGCUAUAGUUUUGUUUUUUUGUUUGUUUGUUUGUUUGUUUUUUUUUUCAAAUAAAAACCAUGAACUUUA